AUCGGUCAUUGUCAAUUUAAUGCAGCUGUAAAGUAAAAAUAGCCUUGAUUUAUUUAAAAAAAAAAAUCUCUUUCUGACUCCGAACUUUAAACAGAAGUGUGUAGCCUAACACAUGCAAAUAAUAAGAGAAACGUAUCUUUGUUGUGAAAAUGUAGGUUGGUUUAACCCAUCAACCAUUUUUAGGCCAGUUUGAAAGAGAUGUCUAAUUGCACAUUAUCUUUUGCUAACGUGUUUUUCUAAUUGUGCUUUUAAACUGGCAAAAUGGUUCAACAAUUAUAGUGAUGAUCGUGCACAUUACAUUUGCAAUUCACAUGAGGACUGUUCGCGCAUCACUGCAUUGACACACCGGAACUACAAACCUGUCUAAAGUUUCUUACGGGCAAAAUAAACUGUAACAAACGAUUGCAAUGUGAAUCGCUUUAGUGUUGUAUUAUGCACUGUUUUUCGUAAUGUUGUUAUAAUCAAAAGACAUCACAGUAUAACAUCUGAAUGGGAAGAAUGAACGAAGAAAGCGCCCCGUCUUCUGAAUAUACAAUUAUCAGUCCGUCUAGAAACCAGUGUGUAUACACCAGCUGCUACUGUGAGGAGAAUGUGUGGAAAUUGUGUGAAUAUGUCAAGGAUCAGGGCACUUGCUCGUUGGAUGAAGUGUAUGCAGUCUUUAUAUCUAAUGAAAGAAAAAUGAUACCCAUUUGGAAACAAAAAUCGAGUCGAGGGGAUCAACCAGUAAUCUGGGAUUACCAUGUUAUUCUUAUACACGUAAAUAAAGAGGGACAGAGCUAUAUAUAUGAUUUAGACACCAUCCUUCCCUUCCCUUGCCUACUUGAUGUAUAUUCAAAGGAUUCCUUUCGUUCUGAUGAGCAUUUAAAACCUGCUUUCUGGAGGAAGCUUCGCGUCAUACCAGGCGACACCUACUUGAAAAAGUUUGCUUCUGAUCGGUCACAUAUGAAGGACUCUGAUGGGAACUGGCGUAUGCCACCCCCACCAUACCCAUGUUUAGAGACAUCAGAAUCUAAAAUGAAUCUCGAUGACUUCAUCUGCAUGGACGCUCGAGUGGGAUAUGGAGAGGUUUACAAUCUUUCAGACUUUGUUCAACACUUUGGAGUGAAGUAAUUUUUUUGCUUUACACCAACACUUCAUGUUGAA